AUGGCAUCCAAGCCCACAACCACGGCGUUGCCCACCGCCGAACAGUUCACUCCGCAGCAAGUCAACACGCUCGCCACGCUCGAGCGCGUGGGCGGCUCCAUCAGCCUCUUCGGCGUCCUGUGCAUCUUCGUCACCUACGCGUGCGUGCGGCGCGUGCGCAAUGUCCAAAACACCUUCAUCGUCUUCGCCAGCGUGGCCAACGUCGGGGCCAGCGUCGCUAGCAUCAUUGCGCUCAACGGGCUGCAGGCGGGCAAGGCGUCGGCGCUGUGCAAGACGCAGAGCUUCUUGUUUGAGAUGUUCAUGCAAUCCGAUCCCUGGUGGUCGCUGGCCAUGGCCGUCAACGUCUUCCUCGUCUUCUACUACCGCGCCAGCCCGGACUCCUUCCGCCGCUGGUGGUGGGUGUACUGCCUCAUCUGCUACGGGGGACCCUUUGUAAUCGCCCUGGCCCUCCUCCUCGUGAACCAUCCCCAAAAGGGUCCCAUAUACGGCGAGGCAACGAUCUGGUGCUGGAUCGACCCUAAAUGGGACAGCAUCCGCAUCUACACCUACUACAUGCUCAUCUGGAUCUGCAUCGUCGGGUCCAUGCUAUGCUACUUCCUCGUGGGCUACCACGUCUUUCGCUCGCGGAAUCAGCUGCAUAGCUUCUCACAGUCCAGGACUCGUGACGCCGGCCACCUCGAUCAGAAACUGGGCCUAGAUCAGUACAGCAAUGCGGGAGGGUUUUACGGCACGGUUGUCACCGAGGUCAAGGUCGUCCACACCUCCGCAUCAGUCGAAGUCAUCAACAACCUCUCCACGCCCAAAGCCGCCCGCCUCAUCGGCGGCAUCCACGACGCCUCCUCGCCCGACAGCGCGGAGCGCCCGCCCACGCGACGCACCAUGAUGGACCAGUCCGCCAACGACGCCACCGGCUCGCGACACUACUACUCGACCGUCACGGCCGCCGCGCCCGAGCGCCGCCCCUCGCCCUCGCUGUACGCGCGCAUCCGCGUCGCCGGCUCGCGCCUCGCCAGCAAGUUCGUCGUCGACGACCCCAUCAAGCGCGCGUACCUGCGCACCUCGCUGCUCUUCGCCGUCAGCGUCUUCGUCACCUGGAUCCCCAGCAGCCUGAACCGCAUCAACGGCUGGCUGCACGGCACGUCGCCGUUCCAGUACCACCUCGCCACCGCCGCCGUCCUGCCGCUGCAGGGCCUGUGGAACUUUCUCAUCUUCUUCAUCACGAGCUGGCGCGUCGUGAGGAAGCAGAUAAGGGGCGCUGGUGGUGGUCGUCAUGGGGGCCGGUACGGCACGGGGGGCUCGCAGCGCUCGCGCGACGAUGGCGCCGGUGGGUAUGGCCCCGGGACGGCGGUGGACAGGACGGCGGAUAGGGAGCACCAACGCGUGGCGGGCUCGCAUCCGCUUGCUCAUGCGCGCAGCAAUCAGCAGUACUCGCAUACCUACCGCGGCUCGGACUCGGACCUGGGCGAUGGUGAGUCUCUGACCAUGGGCAGCGAGGUCGAGCUGCGAGGCUUGCCCCAGGCCCCGACGAAAAUGUCGACCAGUCUGUAA